UUCUAGUAAACUUUUCUUUAGAUAAUUAUUUUUUUAUUGGAAAGGGUAUCCUCGAAGUCGGUCCCAGAUAAUAUGGAAACUUAAACCCUGCCCUAUGGGUAGGAAAAUAGGGCUGAUUGUUCACUCAAAGAUUUCGAUUUUUACAAAGAUUAUAGUCAUUGAAAAAUUAAAUAAACACUUUAACAAAAAAUGUGACCGCGGAAAAAACUAAAAAAUUAUAAAGAAAAACUAUUUAAGAAAUGUUAUGUAUCGCACAGAAAUAGGUUUUACCUCCUCUCAUAAAAAUAAAUAUAAUCCAAGGGCCAUUGUAUUUUUAGCAAGAUAGUUCUACAUCUGUGGCAUUUUUAUUUCGAACUGAACUAGACAUUGGAAUAAACAGAGGUGUGAUGCCCAGGAAAAUGGGUCACGUACAGAGACGUUAUGGCGACGAAUAUCAGAUUCCUGCUUUUGUUAAUUUGGGCACUUUUCCAACACAAUGGCACAAUGAAAAGAUUUUCGACUGCAGGUUUAAGAAGAUUUGCAUAACAAUAGAUGCGCUAGACAUUAUGUACUCAGACAAAUCAAUAUUUAGAAACUCUACUUAUAUGAUCUUGUAGUUGUUCAAGGUUGUUUAAAUGCUUCUGCUAUUCAACAAGGUAUCAACAAAAAGGUGUGAUUGAGCUCACAAUAAUCGCGGCCGUUUGGGUUUGGCAUGUUGCCAAAUACACUCACUUUUCUUCAGUUAUUUUGUCAACUUCCUCACCCAAGGUUGGUCUCAAUGGCUAAAGUCGUUAGAGAAUGCGUUCAGUCCAAUGUUGCUCCGGUGACGUUAAAAGUGGCUUGUGAGCUCAAACUUUGUCUGCGACAUCCCUUGGGUUCAAAGAACUCGCUUGGCAUACAUAGCAUAAUGCUUACUUAUUGAAUCAUAAAACGAUGUUUGUCAGACAUUAAGUGGAGGUUGAUAAAGCGGUAGUAUUAAGUUCUAUUACAUGUGUCUUAAUACUUAAUUAAAAUUCACAUAAUCAUCCACUGAAACAGCUUUUAAAAUUAAAAUAAAUAGGAACAAUUGUAUAUACAUAUAUUGCUGUUCAACGUCAGUAUCUGUAAAAGCAAAACACUACUUGAAUUUAGAUUAGUUCGGAAAGUAGGUACUCCAGCAGUAGAAGUAAGGCCAGCCUAAACCCAUGUGAUGUUUUCAAGACAUCAAUGUUUAACUAAAUGUAUGUUCUUGCUCUGUAUGUUUCUAUUUACAUGAUGUAGCAUUAGCAUCUGUACACAGCACAGUCAGACUCAUACUUGAGAGAAGUAUGGUUUUAUUUUUGUCAUUAGUUAUUUUUUGGAAUUGAUUGUAGCAUCAUCAUUACUUAGUAGAAAUAGAAAUACCUAACACCGAAAUAUUAGUAAAUACUCUAAGUCUAUAUAAACUAGCGGCCACCGCCCGUGACUUCGUCUGUUUAAAUUAUAGUUUUUUUAAUCCCACAGGAACCUAAACUUUGCCGGGAUGAAAACAGUAUGCUAUGUUUCAGUCUAGGUCAUAAAUUACAUUUAUGCGUACCAUAUUGUAUCCAAAUAGGUACGUUCUGUAGUUUUUGCGUGAUUGAGUCACAAACAUACUAACUUUCACUUAAAAUAAGUAUAAACAAAAAAGGAAGCAGGAUAAAUACAAAGCUUUUAGAUUUUUGCAUGAAACGAUAGUAAAUUCAAUUGAUCCAAUUUAUUUCACUGAACAAAUAAUCAGGAAAUUUAGUGUUGACAAAAAAAAAAUAACAUUAAAUAAAUUAUUUUUAUUCAUUCCUUUUGCUAACUUAAUGGUAAACGUUUCACUGAUCAAAUAAUGUAGAACCACUUCAGAAAUGCAAUGUUGUAAUUAUUUUGAUACCUUAGUUUUAUCUGAUAUUGAUAUUAUGUAUACAGAUUGAUUCAGUUCAGUACAGACAGAGUGACCACCACUAACCAGUACCUGUUUGUAGAUCAAAGAAUAAACAGUAAGCUCUCUGUGAAGUGUACUUUCCGAUUAGUAGAACAUAAACGAACGUAGUAUGAUGGUUAAUAAAAUAAAUAAAUCGAUCAGCACGUGCGUCUGUUGUAACUAGUUUAGAAGCCACAGUUUUUAUACCUACCUAUACGUUUAAAAUGGAUUGCAAUAAAUUACAACAACUAAAGUAAACUUUCCGCAACAUAGACGUUAAUAGAAAUUUAUGUCUAAAGUGGUUUAAUUUCACCGGUUAUAUGUAAAAUGCAGGUAAGCACUUUAAAGGUAUUUUUUUUUACAUUUUUAUGAGAUGAUUCCCUAAAACAAAUAGGUAAAUAAUUUUCUUAAAGACACAGUUUAUUUAAAAUUCGAUCAUACAAUAUACUGUUUCAAUCCCAAUCAAUGUAAGCAUUAAAACUGCCAAUUUAGGUAGGUACCUACAUAACAAAUCGUAGAGAUGCCGGAACAUUAAUAAAUAUAUUUUUAUUGUUUAUAGCCUGGAAUGCUUCUAUUAGGUCAUAAAACUUUUCAUAGUGUUUUAUUUAUUGCAUAUAAUGCUUUAUGUUAUAGAUUUUCUGUCUGUAAUUACCGAUAAUAAAUCUGAUUCUCCAUUAGCAUAGACAUUAUGGGCUCUACUAGGAGAUGCGCUUUAACAUGUAGCGUCAGAGGAAGAAUUUAUUAUUUAGAUAAACAAGGAUAACUAUGAACACACCUGUAGAGCGUUUCAAUUACUACAAUGAUUUUGAUGGUGCACAUUUAAUUCAUCACCGCAAUGUCAAAUUAAUUGAGAAUUUUUUUAUGAGUACUAUCCGGGGGCGGAAGUCCAGACGAUAGCUGACUGCUGAGAGUUUGGACAUUUUUUUCUAUUAUUUGGUUGAGUUCGCAUUAGUCUCCGUUGACGGCGCCUUGCAAAAAUAGAUUUUGGCGUUCAGAGCGGGUUGAAUCCCAAGUUCCGAACGUCAGUGCACCGGCAGCUCCCACCAGAUACAUUUCUGUUUCACAUCCCAUUCGUGUAACAGAUCGUGUGUUACACUGAAUCGAAGUAGUGCUCUCGAAUAUUAUGUGAAUGAAGUUGCUCUAAUGACCUGUUUAGUGUUAUGUAAAUAGGUGUGAGUGUUACCCACGAAAAUGAAUGGCAUGGGGACACUUCGGACUACAUUCAGAGGUGUGAAGAAGGAGUUGCUGGAAAGACAGACCAGUCUCAUAAUCCAGUCUAUGACAAUUGAUGAGCUAUACUUGGAGAUACUUUACGAAAUACUACACAAUGUCGGGGGAUGUGACGUGAGCUGUGAGGUGGGACAAGCAGUUACGCUGUCUUAUGUCCAAGAAGCUUUUAAAAUAGCUAAUGACAAACACACGGAACUGCUUACAAAGGCCGAAGCGAAGGAACCUCCAGAACUUAUGUUAAACGUUGAAGUAGUGGAGGCUAAAGACCUGGUACCUAAGGACCCUAAUGGUCUCAGUGACCCAUUCGUCACUAUAUAUUUAAUGUCAAAUUCGUCACAUAGGUAUAAUACGUCGGUGAAGUCAGGAACCCUCAAUCCAGUGUGGGAGGAACAUUUCUCUUUGCCGAUGCCGGGAAAUCUACAGGAAGACACGCUAUGCUUGGAAGUCUGGGAUUUCGAUCCAGCAGAAACGGUGAAGGAGAAAAUGACAAAGAUUUUUGAAGUGAAGGGAGUCAAGGGUCUCCGAAAGCUCAUGAAAGAGAUAGCUAUCACAGCGUCCACUGGAAAGCAUGACAAUGAAUUAAUAGGAACUUCCAAUAUUCCUCUCAAGUCAAUACCAGCGGGUGGUAUGACGAUGUGGUUCAACUUGAGCAAGAAGAGUAAACUUCGAAGGCAGGGCGUUGUGAAGGUGCGGCUCAAUUUCUCUUCUGAGAAGAACUCGCAGGUGGCCGCCCAGGAACAUCGACACCUGCUCAGGAUAUUGCUCCUGCAUGAACUGGAGAGCUCUAAGGUGGCUCCGUACUGGUGGUGUGGCAACUUUAGCGGUCCCGCAGAGUCGAUACUGACUCAGCACGCGGCUCAGAGUGGCCUAUCGCCGACGGAUAACUCUUUGGCUCAAUGGAGCGUAUACUGUGCCGUUACCGCAGAUCAUCCACUCAGCUUUGCGCUGUUCAAUCAUUUAUUAGACAAACUGGCCAAGCCGCUACAAGCAGGUCUUGUGAGUGAAGAGGAGGUCAAAUUAUUCUGGGACGGAGCCAAAAAACUGAUGCCCACUUGCUUCAGUUACAUCAGGAAAUUGAGGAAGAAGACGGCUGGAGAUAAAACAGUGAUGAAGACCCUCCGGGAAGUCCUCAAAAUUCUCUACAAAUUGUCUAUGAUAGAUGCGCAUGAGAGCAUUAGUUUAUUCCCGACUGCGUUAUACGGGUGGUUGAGAGACGAUGGUCAAAAAUUAACUAUCCAUGAGGUUUUAAACCAGGCGGUUAUUCAAGGAGCUUCUGAUUGGUUCGUUCACAUAUUGGAUAAUAAUGAAUGCAAGGAUAAGACUGAGGAGUCGAGAUUACAGCAUCUUAUCAGAGUUAUACAGCUGGUACGCUCUGAUCUUCAACGCGCCGUGGAGUAUUAUGACAGAGUUUUUGUUGAAGUGAUGUCAUUCCCUUAUUCAAAAGCUCUUUACGGGUUGUACGAAAGCAAGAUCGCAUCUUUAGUAGAACCAGAAGUGAUACAAGUCUGCAAAAGCCUCAAAAGGUUGCAUUAUAAUGAAGGAUCAACUAAUUCUGUUGUUCUGGCUGGAGGAAUCAACGGGGAGACUGCAUUGGGUGCGCCCAACGUUGGAUCGGAACCGUUGGCCAUGGGAACUACGUUGUUCGAGUUGUAUUUGACUUUACAGAGGUUUUUGACAUUAGGCCAAGGGUUAAAUGAAACAGAGUGGAAUAACUAUGCCAUAUCAAAAUUCCAUUCCUGGUUCUUUGGGGGCGUGGCCCAAUGGUUAGACAUAGCCGCUUACAAAGCGUUGACGCGUAUAGAGAAAGCCGUCGAUUUAGAUAAUUUAGUGCCAGUCGAUACCAAUGUGAAAUACAGCAGUUCCGGCGUUGACACAUUGGCCAUCUUCUAUCAAAUCAAGAUUUUCUGGCAGCAAUUGGCUUGGCCCGACAUAGAGGGAUGCUAUACGUUCGUAGCUAAGAUUAUAGACGACAUAUGCCGGUGCUGCGUAUUUUAUUCGGACAAGAUGGCCGAUCGAGUAGACAAUGUCGGUAAAGUGACCACAGUGUACGAAGAAAGGUUCGAAGUGACUAAUGAAUGGUGCGUCGCUAUUAACAACAUCGACUAUGUUAGGCAGAGCUUGGAACCUUUCGUUGAAGAGUUAGGAAUGGAUGACAUCAUCCAAAAGAUGUGCGAGGCCAAAUCACCCAUUGAAGCCCAAAGAUGUAAGGAGACUUUGCAGAAUGUCAUUGCUAACGCAAUAGAUACUGUAAAGAACAAAAUUGUCGAUCUCCUAGAAGUUAUGGUGAAAAAGAUGAUGCCAUCCAUCAAACGAUUCUUAAUCGAGGGGGCCGAGUUACUUCAUCAAGACUGUUCUAGUAUGGAGCGAGUGAUGAGGUAUCUCGAAGCGAAUCUCGACACUUUGUACCAGCACCUCAACAACGAGAACUUCUCUAGAACUCUUGACAUAGUCUGGGAGCAAUUGGGAGAAGUUUUGUACGAACUAAUACAAGUCAAUUUAGAGAAACGUCGACCACCCAGUUUCUUUUCGAAUCUGCAUGAGUGCCUGAAGAUUAUGAUACAAUCGUUCCGGCAAGAGAGUAAAGAGGCUUAUUCAUCGGAUACACUAAAAAGAGUGGAGUAUUUAUUAAAACUGCAUGGAAUGGAGACCAGAGAACUUAUACACCAGUACUAUUUAGAGAGGUGGCAGGAGCAACAAACUAUACAGGAUCCGAAGCAUGGAAUUUUGACAGUCAGAGCGCAAUUCAUUGAUGACAAUUUAAAAAUUGAAGUCAUGAACGCAAGGAAUUUGAUGCCGACAGAUUCUAACGGUUUGUGUGACUCCUAUGUACGAGUACAGUUACUGCCAGAAGACACUUUUGCCAACGUCGUGAAACCUAAAACACAGACGCAUAAUAAAAAUCUAUUCCCUUUGUAUGACGAGAUGUUUAUCAUACCGCUGUCCCACGACCAGAAGCGCGUCACCGACGGUCUAAUGCAAUUCGUGAUCAAGGACAAAGACAUGUUCAGUGUGAGCAACACUUUCAUGGGCGAGGCGUACCUUCACUUCAGCGAAGUAGUCGACACUCCCGCACCCAUCAGCAGUCUGCCGCAGCAACUGUUGCCGCUCAGCAGGCCCAGCAGCUUGGACGGAGAAGCGAUUAAAGCAUUGGAAACGCGUAUUGGGGACAAACAAGCCCGCGAGUUUCUUAAGAAGUUAAGACAAAAGAUGCCAAGCAAGCAAUUCUUCUCACUCGGCUGAAGUCAAGAAAAAACUUGAUUGAGACACUGACUGUUGUAUAUGUUUUGGCUGUGUUGUGGUAUAUCUUAGAAAUAGCAAAGAAGCCAAAAGUGAAGGUAAAAUAAUUUUCUUUAGUUACUUAUUUAAUAAUUUAAAUUAUAUUAUAAGUGUUUAAAUUAUCCCUUUGCAUUUUAAUCUUGCGCUGACUCUUUGGCUCCGACUUGUACGUUUUAUAAGUAUUAUUUUCAACAAUUCGUUCGUUCAAUGUAUAAAUUCAACCGCUGAAUUUUCUUGGUAUGUAUGUUGCGAAAGAUUGAUUGCGGAAUAGUUUUCUUUUGCUAAAUAAUAUACUUACUUAAUGAAUGCUACACUUAUAACAAGUGCUAUUUUGUAUAUUCAUUAAAUGUAAAACUAAAUAUAUCAAUUAUGGACAAUAUAUAAAAGUUACAUUAACGUUUUGUUCAUAAUAUGAUUUUAGUUUUAUCACCAGCAAUAAUAUAAUACGUAAGUAUGAUUGUAGAACCUUGUCAUAUCAUAAACAAACGGCUGGUGCAGUAAUUAAAUGAAUAAUGUAGUUUGACAUAGUUCUACUAUCUUGUAGAUCUACCUAUUUGGUGCUGAAUGUACAUACAAACAAGUGCAUCGUGAGAUCAUUGAAUAGCAAAUAAAAAUGCUAAUACGCACAUUAGAUGCUAUGAAGUAGGCAAUAAGAAUAGACUGAUGUUUAACCUUUUUUUAGAUUUAUUCAAUAAACCUUGUUAAUUUAUAUCGCAAAUGUAUGCGAAAAUUUAAGUCUACCUACCAUUUGCGUUCAAUAGAUAUAGCCCUGUGGCUGACCGACACUGAAGGUAUGAUAGAGCUUUUCGUUUCCACCCUUUAUCUAUGGAAUCCUAAAAACGCCGGUAAAAGGCGUUCUUACUUUUAUUCCGCUCCAUUUUUUUAUUAUUUCAGGGGCUUUUGUUCCUAACGAUUUAAAUUGAUAUAAAAAAUAAGAAUCUCUGAUUUGAAUGUGCAUUUUUUUAACUUAUGUAAGCUUUGCACAUUUUCAAAUUGAUUAAAUAAACAAGUAGGUACUGAAAGAUCUCACAGAAGUAUGAUUGCAAUUCAAAAUUAUGUAAAUAAUGUAAAUUAAAGAUAGUUUUACACCAUAUGAAUCGAGUGUAUGUAGUGAACUUUUUGUAUGUUAGAUAUAAUUUUAUAAAGGCUUUAUGAGAGUAGAUAUUUCUUUAAUUUUCAAUUGACAAGUUGCUUUGUGUAAUUGCUUCCAAACGGGGAUAUAAAUAAUAAGUUGAUGUCAGGUUUUAAUCUAUUAUGGCCGUUUAACUAUUUACCAGAAUGCGUUUGAGUCCAGUAAUCCCGUCAGUAAUAUUAAAGUAGAUCAUUCCAGUAAAAAAAAAUAAAGUGGAGGUCACUACUAAAUUAAAAAUAGAAGAUCGUUCUAGUCGACUAGAAUAUCUUUUUUUGUAAGAAUACUGGAAUGCGUGAGUGAAGGAGUAAAUGAAAGAAUGCCAGUUUGACCGUCUGGAUUACUGGACUCGAACGCAUACUCGAAUAAUGUUAGCCUGCCACUAGUUUAGUAAGCUGAAAAUCCAUUGGUUAUUUCAUAGUUAACAUUCCGUUUUAACGGUAAUGUAAAACGGUCACAAAAUAUCUAUUUUGUAAUGUAGAAGCAAAGCAGGUUUUUUUCCCAAUAUAAGUAGGUACGUAAAAUUCUAAUUAAUUAAUCUUUUAUCUGUCUAUAUGGAUUGUGUAGCUUAUAUGUUCUGUGAUAAAAAGUCGUGCCUUAUUUUAUUUAUUACCUACUAUAGUGAGCACGUAAGCUUUUGAUAAAUGAGAUCUAUUUGUGAAAAAGAUGUGUAAUUAUGUAUCUAUUGUUAUUUAAUCGCCAUAUUAAUACUUCUAUACUUAAAUAAAACCGUGUCAAAUCACGACCUUUUGUUAAAUAUUUUUUUUAUUCGCCUACUCUUUAUAGGAUUUCUGUUUCUAUAUUUAUUUAUUAUUAAAAAC